UUUCCUCUUCUUAGUUUUUUUUUAUUUAAUAAUAAUCUCACCGCGCGCCCGUUCCCCUCCCCCAUUUCUCUCUCUCAUCUCUCUCUCUCUCUCUCUCUCUUUCUGUCCCAACCUCCAUUUACACGCUCUCUCUUUGUCUCUCUCUCUAGGGUUUCUCGUUCCCCUCGUCGUUGGCGCGGGAUGAGCUCUCCCCACGUGAUCGACCUGUCGAGCGACGACGAGGACGACGAAGACGGGGCGCUCGACCUCGAAUCCCGCUUCAAAGACGCCAAAUUUGUGCUUCCGCUGAGCACCAAUGGCGUGGGGGGGAGCUUUUGCGGUGGGGGGGCGGCGGCCUGUAGAGAGCUCGUGGUGAAGCAGGAGAUCGAAGAGAGCAGGAGCUCCAACAGCGGCUCCUGCUUGUCGGAGCAGGCGACGUCGUCGGCCGCUGCUGAAGCUGCGGCUGCGGCUGCGGCUGCGGCCGCGGCCGCGGCCGCGGCGCCCAAUUUGGCCUCUGCGCCGCGGCUGUGCCGGCAAUUUUGGAAAUCCGGGGAUUACGAAGUGUUAGGCCACGAUGCGGCGCCGCAACCACGCGGUGGGAGGAACCGGUUGCGGAUUAAUCCCAAGUUUCUGCAUUCAAAUGCGACUUCGCACAAGUGGGCUUUUGGUGCAAUAGCAGAGCUUCUUGAUAAUGCAGUUGAUGAGGUGCAUAAUGGUGCCAGCUUUGUCAACGUUGAUAAAUUUGUUAAUCCGCGGGAUCAUAGUGCUGCAUUACUGAUUCAAGAUGACGGAGGAGGAAUGGACCCAGAAUCCUUGCGCCGUUGCAUGAGCUUCGGAUUUUCUGAUAAGCAAUCGGAAUCUUUCAUUGGACAAUAUGGAAAUGGUUUCAAGACCAGCACUAUGAGGCUUGGAGCAGAUGUGAUUGUUUUCAGUCGCUGCAGGAAGAACAUGGCAUUAACUCAAAGUGUUGGUCUCCUUUCUUAUACCUUUCUAAGGCAAACACAUUGUGAUGAUAUAGUAGUGCCAUCGGUAGACUAUGAGUUUGAUCCACUAACUGGUUCAUUUGGUAGGCUGUUGCGUCAUGAUCAAAAGCUGUUUUCUUCUAAUUUGUCAAUUCUCUUAAAAUGGUCCCCUUUUGCCACUGAGGCUGAAUUAUCAAAGGAAUUUGAUGAAAUAGGACAAUGUGGCACGAGAAUAGUUGUAUUCAAUCUAUGGCUUAAUGAUGAUGGGGACAUGGAGCUCAAUUUUGACUCUGAUGCUAAGGAUAUAUUGAUCAGUGGAGCACAUAAUAAAGUGAAAACAAAUAGUAUGGAAAAGGCACUGACCAAAAAUUAUGUCGCAAGACGGCUUAAUUUUUCUCUUCGAGCAUAUGCGUCUAUACUGUAUCUUCAUCUACCGGAGAAUUUCAGAAUUAUCUUACGUGGUGAAGUUGUUGAGCCUUACCAUAUUGCUAAUGAUUUGAUAUAUCGUGAAUGUGUCUUGUAUAGACCACAAGUUGCUGGAGUCGUCGAGGCUUCUGUUGUCACUACCAUUGGCUUUCUCAAAGGUGCUCCACAAAUUGACAUUCAAGGGUUCAAUGUAUAUCACAAAAAUCGCUUGAUAUUGCCCUUCUGGAGAGUUGCUAACAAUUCCUAUGGUAAAGGACGAGGUGUUGUUGGCAUACUUGAGGCAAAUUUUAUUAAACCUACGCAUGAUAAGCAGGACUUUGAGAAAUCAACUCUUUAUCAGAAACUUGAAUACCGCUUGAAAGAAAUGACUUAUGAAUAUUGGGACCUUCAUUGUCAUUUGGUAGGCUACAAUAAUCCGAAAAAGCGCAAGGCUUCAUUUCCGAAUAUUGCUCCUGCUAGCGAGAUAAACAAUGUUGUAAUACAGCCGCCUGCUGCUGAUGCUUCAACAAACUGCCUAGUCCUCCCUGCUCUAGAAGCUGCCUCCGAAAACGGGACAGAACAUGUUAAUCACAAUGGCAGUUUACAAACUAAUCAGAAAGCUAGUUCACAGACUAAACUACCAGUAAGAAGGAGGCACGAUAGUCUCAAUGCUGUGACAGAAGUUGCAGAACCAUCAGAGGCAGGAACUGUAUCUUCCAUACUGGAAGCCAAAGAUAUUCUCAAGACUCAGCUGGGGCGCGGUGCUGGACAGAAGCGAAUACAUGAACUUAAAACAAUGAUCCUAGAAAGCAAGAAGCUACGAGCGCAGUGUUCGGAACUUGAAAAGACGGAAAAGCAGCUUGUGCAAAAGGAACAAGGGCUUAGAAAUCAGCUCCAAGAGGCCCGAAAGGAGUACAAGAAAUUAUUGAUCAAACUCGAAUUGGCAGAAAAGUUGCAGAAGUUGUGACCUGCGGUUCUCACUCCAUGACUAACCUAACCUCGACUUCAGUGUAAUUUGAUUUUGCCAUAUCCAUUCAGUCACACGAUCAUAACAUUUGGGGCCAAGUUUAUUUUGAAGAGGGGGGUGUGUUGGCAGGGUGGUAUUGAAAAGGUUUCUAGUGCCGAUGAGGUCUUCGAUAAACGUAGCUGCUCUCUUAUCCUGGGAGAAGGAAACUUUUGCACUAUGGAUCAUGUGGUUGUCUGACACGCUAACCUUCGGCAGUUCAUGUAGAUUAUAUCUGCUCAGUUGUGUUGUAAAAAUAUGUGUAACAAUCUUCAGUUUAUGAAAAAAAUAUUAAUCUCUUUAUCUUUUAUUGAUCCUAAAGAAUGUUGUACCCAUAAUUUGCCGAAAGUACACCUUGUGCCCAUUUUAUUAUCA